AUGCCAGCUACCGAGAAGUCGACAGUUCCCUUCGACGCGGAGAAGGACCUGCCUGGACCUCUCGCAGAUGCUAUACGUAACGGCAGUGUGGACAAGUCGAUCUUACAACAUGCUGGAGACGCAGAUGAGGCCUUAAAGGCUUUCAUGUCGCAUCCGGGUGAAGUCAUCGAGCUGGAUGAAGCCACAAACAAGCGUCUGUUACGGAAGAUUGACUGGAACCUGAUGCCGGUACAGAUACUCAGUCUGGGAAUACAUACGGCCCAUACUGAUUCCACACUCUUUUUANNGGUCAUGUGCAUUGUCUACGGACUGAACUAUCUGGACAAGACGACUCUAUCGUAUGCCUCGGUCAUGGGACUGAAGAAAGAUACCGAUCUACAAGGACUUGACUACCAAUGGCUUAGUUCGAUAUUAUUACAACGUCUACCACUGGGAAAAUAUUCAGCGGCCAACAUCAUUCUCUGGGGUAUGACCUUGUGCACAUUCGCCGCCGUCAAGAACUUCUCAGGAGGAGUUGCUGUACGUUUCAUGCUCGGAGUCACCGAAGCGGCGGUAACCCCUGGAUUUGCUCUGUUGACAUCUCAGUGGUAUACCAAGAAAGAGCAAGGCUCUCGCACAAGCAUCUGGUUCUCCUUCAACGGAUUCGCUCAGAUUUUCGGUGGUCUGGUAGCUUAUGGUAUUGCAAAAGGCACACGCCUGCACGGGUCCAGUAUUGAACCCUGGAAGAUCAUUUUCCUGGUUACUGGAUGCUUGACCAUCUGUGUCGGAUUCAUCUUUCUUUGGGUCAUUCCCGACAGUCAACUCAACGCACGCUUCUUGAGCAAAGAGGACCGAGUUCUCGCUAUUGAGCGUGUCAGAUGCAAUCAGCAGGGAAUUGGAAACAAGCACUUCAAAAUGUACCAGCUUAAGGAAGCACUGCUGGAUCCUCUGACAUGGGCAUUUGUCUUCUAUGCUCUGGUUGCUGAUAUCCCUAAUGAAGAAUCCCUCCUCUACGGCACUCCUGGCGGUGCAGUCGAAGUGAUCGCCCUCAUCGUUUGUGGCUAUCUAGGCGACAGAUACGGCAACCGUCUUCUGAUUUCAACCUCCGGUCUUUGGAUCUCCACUCUGGGUAUGCUAUUGAUCGUCUGCCUGCCGCUGCAUAACAAUAUCGGACGCUUGUUCGGAUACUAUCUCACUCAGGCCUCGCCUACGCCAUUUGUUGCUCUGCUCAGUCUCAUCUCCACAAAUGUUGCUGGUUGGACGAAAAAGACAACAGUGGCCGCUCUCUACCUCAUCGGCUACUGCGCCGGCAACAUCAUUGGCCCUCAAACGUUCCGUCCCAAAGAUGCUCCCAGAUAUAUUCCUGCAGAAAUCGUGAUUAUUGUGUGUUAUCUCCUCUGCAUCGGUGACAUUGUCUUCAUCUACUGGUACUGCAAGCGCCAAAACAAGAAGAGAGCCGCUAUCCGCGCGUCGGAAUCAUAUGUCAAGUUGGAGAAUCAGGAAUGGUUGGAUCUAACCGAUCGCGAGAAUCCCGAGUUUGUCUACACUCUGUAA